UGUUCUUCCUUCCGUGCUGGCCCGGUGUGUGACCGGGCAGGGCACUGUCCUCGUCCCUCGACGCCUCUGCCUUUGUGCGGCUCCUGCACCGUAAGCGCUUCGUGCCUUUCCCUCCCCUCCUCCCUCUCCUUUCUCUUUCUUUUCAUUUCCCUCGACGCCACCGCCUUGACGUGGGGGCUCUCCCCGGGUUGCACCUCGGGGGCAGCGUGUCGGAGGCCGGGGCAGAGCUGCCCUGGCAGAGCAGUCGGGGCUCUGUCACAUCCCCAGAGUGUGAUGUUCAGGGUCAGAAAUGCCUUAUGUGGAUCGUCAGAAUCGCAUUUGUGGUUUCCUAGAUAUUGAAGAAAAUGAGAAUAGCGGGAAAUUUCUGCGGCGGUACUUUAUUCUGGACACACGAGAAGAUAGUCUGGUGUGGUACAUGGAUAACCCACAGAAUCUUCCCUCUGGAUCUCCACCUGUUGGAGUCAUUAAACUUACCUAUAUUUCAAAGGUUAGCGAUGCAACUAAGCUAAGGCCAAAGGCAGAAUUCUGUUUUGUUAUGAAUGCAGGGAUGAGAAAAUACUUUCUACAAGCCAAUGAUCAGCAGGACCUAGUUGAAUGGGUAAAUGUUCUGAACAAAGCUACCAAAAUCACAGUACCAAAGCAGUCUGAUCCUCUCUGUCAAAUGGAUAAUGCGAAUCGUCAAGCUGAAAGCCCGGGUGGAAAGAAGCAAGUCUCUUACAGGACAGAAAUUGUUGGCGGUGUUCCUAUCAUUACACCUACCCAGAAAGAAGAAAUCAGUGAGUGCAGUGAAGGGGGUGAUAGGAAUUAUUUGAAACGGUCACAAAGUCACCUUCCUUAUUUUACUGCUAAGCAUCCCCCAGAUAAUGCUAUUAUCAAAGCUGGCUACUGUGUAAAACAAGGAGCAGUGAUGAAGAACUGGAAGAGAAGAUACUUUCAGUUAGAUGAAAACACAAUAGGAUAUUUCAAGUCUGAACUGGAAAAGGAACCUCUCAGGGUUAUACCACUUAAGGAGGUCCAUAAAGUUCAGGAAUGCAAACAAAGUGAUAUAAUGAUGAGAGACAAUCUCUUUGAAAUUGUAACAACUUCUCGAACCUUUUACGUACAGGCUGACAGUCCAGAAGACAUGCACAGUUGGAUAAAAGCAAUUUCUGGGGCCAUUGUAGCACAGCGGGGACCUGGGAGAUCAGCAGCUUCCGUUACUCUAAUCUUAGCUUUGCACUGUGUUCCAGAUGCGGCAGGCCAGAAGGCUGUCGAAUCCUUGUAUACAGAGGAGCAUACCGAGUCUUCUUCCGAACCCAACCAUGCUCUCCGUUCUGCCGUCCCAGCCCCAGCCACCUCACAUUCCACAGCCACUCACGGCAGCCCUCUGGUCCCAAACCCUCACACCAAAUACUCUGCCUUGGAGAAGCGAGGAUUUCACGAAUCUUUUACCAAGGCCAAGCCAGGGAGCUACAAGAUCCAGGUUGUCGCUCCAAGAGAAUCAGCUUCCAAAGUGACUGAACGGGGCUUCUCGGAACCUCAGAGUAAAAAUGGCACUCAGGAACAGGAUCCUGGCCUUGUGGAUCUGGAUGAUGCAAGCCUUCCAGUUAGCGAUGUGUAGUGAUGGAAGUGUUUGGAGAAUGAUCCAUUUGUUCGGUCCUCUAAUUUCCUUGCUCGGACUUUUAACCAAAGAAAAUUAUAGGAAAUGAGAACAAAAAACCGGAACACUGAUUUUUAUAUAUAUAUGUGUGUGUGUGUGUUUCUGUGCACACAUGUGUAUAUAUAAUGUGUUUGUAUAUUGCCUUUCAGCUGAGGGUCAGAAAUGGACCUUAUGUGUUUUCUCAAAGCCUGAUAGUAAAUCACCUACAAGGGAGGGGCCAAACUGCACAAUUUAGAAGAGAAAAAACAAAAGACAAAACCAAAAAAGUACUUCUGCAAGUAAGCAAGGUACCAGCAAGUUUUCAUUCCUAAUCUGGCAAAUUUACUAAAUUUACGACUAAAGCUGUAUUGUGAAGAAUUUACUGCCAAGAAAUGUGAUUAUUUAAUUUCAUUUUGAACUACAGUAAGAUUUUAGGCAGAGAUGAGAAUUGUUUCUCUCCAUGACUUUUAGAUACCAGGAAAUGCACAAAAUGUUUCUUCUGUUCUUUAGGAUCAACAGUGUCAACUGAUUUGUUAUCAGAACAAGAAUUCUGAACACCCUUGAAAUUCUAAUUAUGGUGCUGUAAAAUUUCCACUAAAAUAGUAUUUGAAAUAGCCCAUUUUUGAUGCACUCCUGAAGGUGGGUUACAACUUUUUGCACGUUUGGAUUUUAAUGGACUGCGUGUAAUGGUGUUUUGGAGGGGGGAGAAGAGAAAUUGGACUUUUGAAUUUGGACACUUCAGGUCUUUUGAACUAAGUAGGGUUUAUAUUGUGUUACAUUAGGCUUUGCAGCAAUUAUUUGUCUUACAUGUCUAAACGUAUCGUUUGAUUACUGUUUUGAGAAUGGUUUUCUUAUCAGUGCUUUGUGAACAGUUGUUUCUAUAUUGAUCCGUGGAAGACCUUCUUGCUUAGUUUUGUCAUUAUUGGUACUGAACUGUUCAUAAUCAUGCAAUUGUGGCCUAUAACUUUUGGUGCACUAAUAAUCUUAAGUGCCUGUGUUUUUUCUCACGUUGUUGAAACACUUCUGGAUUAGUUACGUACACAAACCAUUCCUAAUGGUUUUGAACAUUGGCUUGGAGUUGCUCUGAAUAGCAUAGUUCGAAACAGCUAUUUAAAAUAGAAACCUUAUGCUAGGGAUACCAGUGUUCUGGUAUUGCACCCACUAGCUGUGCAAUAUAUGUUUUUAAGAAAAAUGAAUAUUUGUUGUUCAUGUACACUGUGUACAGGGCUUCAGUGAUGCAAAUGAAAAGAACCUUUACAUUUCAAGUAUUGGAUUAGAUUGAGUGUGUACUUUUCAUCGUUUUUGAAAACUGUUUGCUUUAAUCAAAACCCUUCAAAUAUCUCAUGCUGCUGCUUAUUGUGAUUCAGACUGUCCAGCUUUGUGAUAAUUUUUUUUUGUCUACUGUAAUGGAAGAUACAUAUCAUACAAGUCCAUCUUCUCUCCAACUUCCAAACUGACUUCCUGCUUGAGAGAUAUGGAUGGCUUUACCACAAUAAUUUGUUGAUCCAAGGAUAGAAUAAUUGGUAUCAUAUAAGAAUGAAAUACAAUCUAAUUUCAAAACCUUAAAUUGUAUCAGCACCUUCUUUUUUUUUUUUUUUUUUUUUUUUAAAUCCAUAAGCUAAGUAACCACUGUCUUAAGGCAGUGGUGUUUGUAAUUUACAGGUUUUGUUUGACUCUUUAGAUAUAUGUGAAAACUAGCACAGGAUUGGAAGUUACCGUAAAUGUCUGAAUUAGUAUUGUAGGUUUUAACUUCUAUAAAGAUAAAACAAUAGCUCUUUAAAAGCUUAUUUUUUCACAAGUACAUUCUGUGUGGAAGACACUUUGCAUUGAAAUACUUUUACUGUAGUCUAACAUCUGAAAUCACUUCUCUGGUACAGCUUUCACACUGCAUGUUCAUUUUAUUAUAUUUUGGUAUUGGCAAUUUUACACAUUGGGUGGAGGUAAAGCAGCUCCAUUAUGGGACUUAAAAAAGCAGGGUGGGGGGGAGAAAAAAGAACUGAUGUUGUAGGGAAGUGGUUGGUAAUUGUCAGGGUCUCCUAUUUAUCAGUACUUUUAUAAAUC